AAACCGAAAUUUGUCAACAGUCUGAUGAUCGCGUACACAACCUUUUUGUGGACUCUCGAGGCUGUCAUAUUGUCAUCAGUAUGCAAUCUGGCGUUAACUAUUACACAACCAGAAAGUGUAUGAAAAUCAAACAACUUUCAAAGGCGAAAGAUUUGCUAAUUGAUUCCGUGGCCUGGAAUCCUUUCAAUGAGAGUGACACAGCGACCCAGGAGAUUCUUAUUGGUGCGAACGAUGGGAGUAUUUUCGAAGCAGUGAUUUCAAGUUCCGAGGAACGCUUGCGCACCACAUGUAAUACAGUCUUAUGGAAAAAUCUAAUUAAACUAGAUAAUAGUGUUACGGGUUUGGCUGUUGUCCGUUAUCCACCCGGAUCUCCACUCGUACCUGUUGGCGAACCGCAGAUGUGUGUCGUUUUCGCUUCCACACCCGGUCGACUCUACCAGUUUGUUGGGCGUAUCCAGUCACCUGAUCUCACUCCUUCCCGUCUUUACAUAAAUGCUCAAGCUGCUGCCACUGCCCUACGUGAGGGAUACCUUCCUGGGCUCUAUGCACCAGUUUUUGCGGCCUACGCACAAAAUCUCUCAGGUUCCAAGUGCGUCGAAUUCCCAGGCUCCUAUGGAUAUAGUGACUUGAAACUGUUUCAGAAGAACGAUGAAGAAGUUCCAAGUCAAUUUGCCUGGAUGACAGGUACUUCAGGUAUCUACUUUGGCCGGCUGGACACAACUCGCCUACUGGAUCCUGUAUUAGCGUCUAGCACUACUGACCCCACCGCCACCGUUCGAAUUUCCCUCACAAGCCAAGUUAAGUUGAUCCCCUACCCUACAAUGGCAGGGGAGUCGGUUGGUCUCCCGCUCAACAUUUGUCUCACGGAGUUUCACGUCAUUAUUGCCUUUGCCGACCGCGUGAAGGCCGUUAAUCUUCUCGACGAACGGGCUGUGUUUUCACGAAGUACCCUCGAUGCCCUUGCGGGUGCGCAGACUGGUGCUAUCUGUAGGGACGCAGCAUCGGGUCUCCUCUGGCUGCAUAGCUGUAAAACCCUUUGUCAGUUGACCCUGGACCACGAAGAUACCCGGAUUUGGAAGAUUCAUCUUGAAAGAGAUGAAUUCAACGAUGCCCGCAAGUAUUGCAAGGUUAGUUGUCGUACUGCUUUCCUUAAGAUGAAUUUUGCUUGUGCUGAAGUUUGCUGUUCGUCUCUAGACUGCGGAGCAGCUGGACCAAAUCAACUGUCGGGAAGCGGAAUUCUGUUUUGCACGGGGCGAGUAAGAAUGUGUUGCUUGACUAUUCUGAACCAGAUUUUUCGUGUCUCCUGUGUCGAGCUGAACUACAUUCGCUCGGCUGAACUAUUUGCAGAAACGUCAACUCCGUUUGAGGAGGUAGCGCUUCGUUUCAGCCAGACAUCCGUUCUCACAUCUGGUAAAGGAGACGUCGAAGGCGCCCCGGUCGCAACCGGAAUAGCUCUGACUGAGGACUAUGGAGUGGAUGGGGAACACAGGAAGUUUGAAAAAGAGGAGCCUGAAGAAAAGGAGAAUUCUUCAACCCCUGAUGCUGCAAUGCCACUUGGUUUGAAUCUCCAGCUCCUCACCCCCAGUAUCCCGCUUAAAGUCUUCCUCCGAGCCAAAUUGAAAUUGAUUGAAAAAACGUCGGACGAACGCCAAGCAGCCAUUGUUGCCCUUUGGCUGAUUGAACUGCUCCUGGGAGAGAUUGGAGUAUAUGAGGAUAGAUGCGGCAAGCCCUGCGUGCCGCUUGCGAGGCAGGAGGAAUUGAGCAGUGUGCGCGGCGAAUUUCGCCAGCUCAUCACAUCCUCUGUGAUUGAGAAAAUUCUCCCAAAUUGCAAGGACCUGAUCUACAAGUUGUUGUUGAACCACGGAAACCAUACCGAUUUAGUCUUCUUUGCUAAAAACAUCGGAGAUCAUGAUCGCCUAAUCGACCACUACAUGUCCCGGGGAGCCCACACGGAGGCCGUCUUUGUCUUCACCACUCACCCAUCGUGUGCGCAAAAACUGUACCAAUAUAGUGCUCAGUUAGCCUCUAGCGAACCCAGAAUGCUUGUUGAUGCUUUGAUUCGCGCCGGACGGCGUCUUUGCCCUUGCAGGUUGCUUCCAAGUGUGUUGCUACUUCCGUCUGACGAAGCGAUCCGCUACUUAGAAUUCGUGGUUGAUCAGUUGCAGUGUCAGGAACAGGCCAUACAUCACCAACUUAUCCUGCUCUAUUCUGGCUCCGCCAGCCCCUCAAACGAUGUGCGUCUUCUAGGCUACUUGAAACGAAACACAUCACCUAGCCUUUGUGAAGUUUUUGCGGGAGCAUUUGACGGCCUUAAUGAAUCCGACAAUAUGCCCCAGGCACUUUCAUCGGCCUAUUCCACUCUUGAACCAGCCCUCCCCUAUGAUCCCGGUUUCGCAAUUCGAACCUCAAUGGAAAACGGUUGCCUACGCUCCACAAUAUUUUUAUUGCAGUCUCUGGGGCUUUUUAAACAAGCAGUCGAGGAGGCUCUUUCAAAGGUAUUUCGUCUCUACUUUGAAAAUUUUGAUGUUAACUUGGGUAACGACGUCGCCCUUGCUAAAGAGGUCGUUAAUUCGGAUAUGAUUGGAAUCGAUACUCAGCGCGUCCUUUGGCUACGCAUAGCUCGUCAUGUAAUCACCGAUAAAAGUAACCCACAGGAGGCGACCGCCUUACUCCAAGAAUCUGCGCUCCUCGGACUUGAGGACGUAUUUCCUCUCUUUCCUGAUUUCGUUACCAUCGAUGAGUUCCGAGAGAUAAUAUGCGCGUCUCUUGACACCUACAAUUCGCAAAUUGAGCAGCUUAAAUCUGAAAUGCGAGUUACCGCGGAGAGUUCCAAUGAGAUUCGCACCCAACUCAACAAUCUCAAGUCACACUUCGAAUUAAUCCCCGAAAAUGCUCGUUGUAGCCACUGCCUGUACGCUCUUGCUUUACGAACAUUUUACGUGUUUCCCUGUGGCCACUUUUUUCACACUGACUGCCUUAUGAACCUGGUUCGCCCACACUUGGCUCCCAGUGAUGCUGCGAGGUUGGCUGCGUUGUAUGCUAGAUCGGAAACAGAUGGCUCAGUCGUCCAAAAAUUUCGGUCCCACUUUGAUGAGCUUGUCGCAGCGGAUUGUGUUCUAUGCGGACGCAUCGCGGUUGAAAGUGUCACUCGCUUAUAUUUCGCCGAUGCACAAACUUAUGAAGCCGAACGAAAACUGUGGCUUUCAUCUUAA